AUGCUGCUUGGUGAUUCUCUUGCAGCUGAUGCCUCGACCCUCCUCUGCAUCGGCCUCAUCACGGUGGCCAUCUAUCGUCUUAUCCUCCAUCCUCUAGCCCAUGUCCCUGGACCUUGGAUUUUUUGCAUCUCGUCCAUUCCCCAGUGGAUCAUCGUCUUCCUCGGUACUGAGCCACAGACCCUUGCUUAUUACCAUCGCCGAUACGACACUCGAGUACUGCGCAUCGCCCCGAAUCAGGUCUCCAUCUCCGACCCCCAUGCCUUGGCUACUAUCUACGUGGCUAAUGGGGGCUUCAUGAAAGAUGCUCGGUAUCGUAACUUCGAUGUCAACGGGCAGCCCACCAUAUUUUCUGCUAUUGACAAAGCCUACCGCGAUAAGCGCGCUAAAGCUGUCCUGCCACUAUUUGCGCCUGUUAGGAUACGAGAAGCGGCAGGGGCACAGAAUGUCCAGCAAUAUAUCGAGCAGUGGAUCGCUCGCUUGGCCAGUGAAAAAGAUCGCGCUGUGAAAACCGCAUCAUACCGUGUUGACAUCCUCGAUUUGGCGUUGCGACUUUCGAUGGACGUCAUGACAGGCUACAUGUUCGAUAGGUCGUACGGAGCGCUAACCGAGGCCGUCGACUUGGAUACUCACUCACCAUCGACGAAAUUCUCGGCAAGUGCCUGGCUGCAGGCUAUCGCAGCUUUUGGGUAUUAUUCCAUGUUCCCAAAUUGGCUGUUUUCGAGGAUAUUGUCUCUCCAUGUCGCCAUUCAGGAUCGUCAUUGGGGAGCUUCAAUGCGUCGGGUCGAUCAAUUCGCAAGAUCGAUCGUUGAGAGAAAGGGGAAGACGGAACCCGUUACCUUGGCACACACUUACCAUGGUCGUCUCCGUACGGCUGGAGCGAUGGAAAACGAGGUCAUUGGUAUUUGUGAAGGGUCACUAUUUGCCGGGACCAGCUCAACCGGUCAGACUCUGGCGACCAUUUUGUUCCACCUUGUCCGCCAGGCGCAUGUCCGCGAGCGCCUUGAGCAAGAGUUGGGCGAAUCGAGCUCAUCUGACCUGCAAAGCCUUCCGUAUUUGCGAGGCGUGAUUACUGAAGGCCUGCGACUCGCUAUGACCAAUCCUGCACCUCUGACCAGGGCUGUGCCUGACGGCGGAUGUCACAUAGAUGGUGUGUAUCUUCCAGGCAGGGCCUCGGUCGGGGCAUCGAUAUACGUCUUCCAUCAUGACCCCGAUGCGUUUCCUGAUCCUUUUGCGUUCAGUCCCGAGCGAUGGUUGGCUGAUGAGACUGACUGCGCAACGCGCGAGCUGUGUUACUUUCCCUUCGGUCUGGGAUCGCGGUCGUGCAUUGGGAGGAAUCUGGCGCUACUUGUAUUGUACGAAGCUGUUGCUGCCACUGUGAAGUCUGGUGUCCUUGAAGGGGCCAGUACAUGCGAGGAGAAGAUUGUAGUAAACGGCUGCUUCAAUGGCGAAGUCCAAAACCAUGCGAUCGAAAUCCAUUGGCCGAUUACGGAGAGUCAGAGCAACAAGGUUUGCAUGUAA